AUGGGAGACUCCAACCUCAACCCCCACACCAUGUCAAGCAAUCCUACUUUCAAACCGUCCCCUCUAUCGUUUGGGUCCCCGAGGCCAUCGCCCUUCCGGCGGCCCUCGACACCGAACUCCCCACCCACCAAUCGGCCUGGCACGCCUGGAAGCUCUCCAAGCAGAAGUGGCUAUACACCGAUGGUAUCACCCAGCAAGCUCAAUCAGUCGUAUACCGCCGCCGAGGAUAAUUCCGUAUCCCCGAGGUCCGAUCCCAUCCCGCAGCCCAAGUUCACCAGAGAGCUGCCUCCCUCCCCGACUAAAGGCGCACGUUCGCCCGGACAUUCAUCACCGAUUGUGGGAAACCGCUCGAGUGGGAUGGGGGGUGCCGGUACUGAUGCUGCUGCAAAACUUCCGCCCAAUGUGGCGCGGGAGAUCCGAGAGGCAUUCCAGGUUCUCGAUCGCGACAACGAUGGUUUAGUCAACAAGGAUGACGUUGCAGAUGUGCUUAUGAACCUAGGCCAAGAUUCCUCGCCGUCAACACUAUCGCGCUUCUUCCCAUCGAGUUCUAGCCAAACCAUCAACUUCCCGACGUUCUUGAACACAUUGUCCGAAUUGAUGGCACCCAUGUCUUCUUCUCAAGACUUAAUUAAUGCGUUGGCCGCGUUUGAUGACGACGAUAAUGGCCAGAUCGAUGCGGCUGAACUACGUGAUGCGCUUUUACACACAGUCCCCGAGGAUGGAGGGAGACCAUUGACAGAACAACAGAUCGACGAAGUCUUCAGCGGCUUUACAGGGCGGCGGGCAUUCGGUGGUCGGGCAGCGAAGACCGGAGGUGCAGCCAAGAGAGGCGAGGUGUUUCAAUAUCACGACUUCGUCCGCAGUGUUGUUGGUGGAGAGAACGGAAAUAGUGGUCAGCGCGAGCCAGGAACUGCCCGGGUUUGA